AUGGCGGUCGGGAAGAACAAGAGAGUUAGCAAGGGAAAGAAGGGUGGAAAGAAGAAGGUCAUUGACCCCUUCUUGAAGAAAGAGUGGUACACCCUCAAGGCCCCCGUCAUGUUCCACGUCAGGAACUUCGGCCAGACGCUCGUCACCAAGACCCAGGGUACAAAGCUCGCCAUCGAUGGUUUGAAGGGCCGUAUCUUCGAUGUUUCGCUCGCCGACCUCAACGCUGAUGAGGACCAGGCUUACCGCAAGAUCAAGCUCUGCUGUGAGGAUGUGCAGGGCAGGAACUGCCUCACCAACUUCCACGGCUCGAGCGUCACCCGCGACAAGCUUUGCUCGCUGAUCAGGAAGAACUACUCCCUUAUUGAGGCCUACACCGAUGUCAAGACCACUGACGGCUACACCCUCAGGAUGUUCUGCAUCGGCUACACCAAGAGGCGCCCCGGCCAGCUGAAGAGCACCUGCUACAUCAGGACGUCUAAGACCAGAGUCAUCAGACGCAAGAUGGUCCAGGUCAUGCAGCGUGAGGCCUCCACUACCUCUUUGAGGGAGGUUGUGAAGAAGAUCAUCCCUGAGUCCAUUGGCAAGGAAAUCGAGAAGGCCUGCAAGGGAGUGUUCCCGUUGCAGAACGUCCUUAUCAGGAAGAUCAAGGUACUCAAGAAGCCCAAAUUCGACCUCACCAAGCUCAUGGAGGUACACACCGACAUCUCGGAGGACACAGGCCACGGCAUGAAGGUUGAGGAGUCGGAGGAGGCCGCGAACCUGCUUACCAAGGAGCUUAACGCCUCCGCAGCAUAA